UUCUCCCCACCCUCACAGUCCACUCAACAAGCCAAUGCCAAUCUCAUCCUAGAGAAGGGGCUGGGCAGAGCCUCUUACAGGAUGAACCCUUUGGGUUACUAAAGCUCCCACUCCCCAUGUCUUACCAUCACGGCCCUGUCCACAGCCAGUCACAGUUGAGACAAUGUGUUAGUCCAUCCUCAUCCCACAGAGCUGUGUCACCAGGGCAGAAUUGGGGACCCACUGGACAGACUCAUGCUGCCUUUCUCUUGCUAAGACAGCCUGCAUUGGGCCUCCUCCUGUGAGAGAGACAGACAGACUGACUCCAAAGGAGAUGCUAAGGAAGCCGUCAGAGGCAGGAGAAUGAAGGUAUUCCGUCUUCAGGGCUCCUCUCUUUCCUCCACACUUCUGCUUGUCUUCUCAUCAUUCCCUGGAGGAUAUCGAGGCGAUGGAUGUGCUGCUGCUGCUGCUGCUGCUACUGCCAGCACUUCCACAGAUAACAAUUCCUAUGGGGUCAAGCAACAAAAACAGCUCUUAGCCCCCAAGGGUGGCUCCAUCCACAUCCCCUUCUUCUUCUAUUACCCCUGGGAGUCAAUCGAUGUGAGUAUAUCCUGGAGACUGGAGCACUUCCACGGAAAGUUCUUCUACAACAUGACCCCGCCUUUCACCCAUGAAGAUUACAAGGGCCGGCUCUUUCUGAACUGGACAAAGGGUCAGACAAACGGCUCCCUCAGGAUCUCAGACCUGCAAAGCAAGGACGAGUCUAACUACUUCUGCCGAAUCCAAAUGAACACACGACACCAUGGCGUGCAGCAGUGGCAGGCCAUAGAAGGGACCAGACUCAUCAUCACCAGUGAGAAGAAUUUGCAGCCAGUUGCCAGCACCACCACCCAGGGCCCCACCACCACCACCACCGCGGAACUCGGCGUGGAUGAAAGGAGCUCAGUCCCUGGGCUUCUGAGUCUGGGAGCCAAGGUUGGAGUGGCAGUGGCUUGCGCUGCGUUCAUAAUCGCCAUGUUGGGACUGAUGAUAUUCCUCAGGUGUAAGAGAAGAAAAGGUCGAGAGACUAAAGCCAAAACCUCUGUCAGGGGGCCCUUCCAAAACACCGAGGAGAAAUAUGAGAAUACUGGGAAUAAAGCACACCUUGAUUCUUCCCAAGGACAGGAUACAGACCCCAAGCUGGACCACAAGGAUGAUGGCCUAAUGAGUGGGAUGGCCCUCUUCACCUGAACCAAGACUGAAUGAUGACCUCGUUAGAGUAAGCUAUGCAGAGAGAUCACAGCUUCCAGUAAUAACCAAGACCAGACCCAGGCGCCUCAGAAGUCAGCACGUGUUGAAGGGCACCAGGGAUCGGAAAGAAACAGAGCAAUGUACCGCAAUUCCCUCUUCAACUUCCUCACUCUUACCAAUAAAACAAAAACAAAA